CCCAGAUCCUCAGGCCUUCAUUCAUAGCAGCCACCUAGACUUGGGUAUCAGCUCCUCCAACAGGUCUCCCCCGUAUCCUCUUCCCAAAUGCAGGAGCCUAAUUCCACAGCCAUGUCUGAGGAGCAGACCCCCCAGGCAUCUGAAGCAGAAUGCAGCGCAAUGGAGUUCACAGAAUUUGAAGAUGAAGAACGCUGGUUUUUCGAAGUGUUGGGAAUCAAGCCGAGGCCUCCCUCUGCACUGGACGAUGACACUGAGAAGAAGGAGGAGGAACCCCUGGGCCAUGCCAAGUCAUCCCUUCGCCUGCAAGAUAUUCUUCAAGAGAACCAAAUCAGCAGUACUGAUGAUAGUGACACUUGCCAAGCUGGAUGUACUGAAGAAGAUGAUGAAACCAGCCACAGUGACAGCGAUGCUGACGAUAACGUGCAAGUUAUCAUUGGCGACAUAAAAACAAACCCCUCCAUGUAUAUGGAGAUGCUCACUAAUCUGAAAUCUAAAUCAAAGCAAGACGUGGAAAAACCUGCACCAGAUAACGCCAUGAAUCCAACUGAUUAAACGAGGAUCAAAAACACGUGACCAUCACCUAUCCUCAUGCAUAAAUGAAGCUGUAAUGGAAAAACAAAAACAAAAACAAAACAAAAACAAAAAAAAAAAAAACAACCUUGUUUUUAAAGACAGCAGCAGCAUGUCUACUCACCUACCUGAAAGCAAAUCUAUACCAAACUGCUAAAACAAUUGGAAAAUACUUGAGACCAGAUGUAAAGUGGAGAAUCUCUAUUGAGUCUUGAAUGUUUUAAAGCUUGAAAUUCUUGUUCAGUUUGAAAAAUCACCCCCUGACAAUCUGAAACAAUCUACAUUCCACAAUGAACCAACUAGAAGAGUUUGUUGCCUGUUGUCAAAUAAAAAGUUCUGUGUUGAAACCUU